GGGGGAGUCUUACUCUUUAAAAUUUUUAUAAAAGGUCAAGCAAGUCGUGAAGAAGGAGGUCAAAAUGCCCGAAUGCAAAAGGCUAAAUUGGAUGACUUUUCUAAAGGUGAAAUAAAAAUUCUUUGUGCAACAACGGUUGCUGAAGAAGGAAUUGACAUUUCUGCUUGUAAUUUAAUUGUUCAAUAUAAUUAUGUAACUAAUGAAAUUGCUAGAGUUCAAAGAAGGGGUCGUUGUAGAGCUAAAGGUGCUCGAGCAUUAUUAUUAACUUGUGAAAUAAAUAUAAAAGAAAAAGAAGAACAAAAUGCUCUACGUGAACGUUUAAUGCAUUCUGCAUUGGAAGAAUUGUCAAAAUGGUCGCCAACAACUUUUAAAUUGAGGGUUGAAGAUUUAGUUCAAGAAUUAAAUAAAAAAAGAAAGGAAAGUGAAGCACUCGAAAUGGAAAAAAGAAUUGAAAGGCGUAAACAAGACAAUUUAUUUAAAAUUGUUUGUAGUUCUUGUAGUAAAUUUCUUGGAUUGUCAACAAAAAUAGUUUUGGUUGGUUCAAUGUAUGUAAUUGUUGAUAAAGAAUUUUGGAGGCGAACAAAAGGAUGUGCUUCUGAAUUACCUCCAGAAAAGGCACAGGGAAGGGAAUGUAAAGGAAGUAUGCCACACAUUGGAGAACAUAGAUGUUCUUGCAACCAAAAAUUGGGACGAAUAAUUCAAUAUAGAGGUGGAAUAAUUCUUCCAAAUUUGAAUGUUGACAGAAUAGUAUUUAUUCGGUGUACUUCUGAUGGAAAUGAAAUAAUUAAAGAUGAAAGAGUGAAGGAAAGAAAAUGGGGAAAAGUUUCACAAAAUUUGUUUUUAAUUGAUAAAGCAACAACUUUACAAUUAGUAGAGAUGAAGGAUGCACCUGAUAAACCGGAAUCUUUGCUGAGAACAGAUUUGUUAGAAUAG